AGCUUUUCACUACAGCCGCAUAAAACCCGUCAGUGUGGGCUCUUUUUCGUCCACGCUGCUUCCGCCCAGGUAAGCAGGGACAGCGAGGACUGUCAGCAGUGAGUGAGUGAAGGCAGAUGAAGCGCUGCUGUCGUUGGUCCAGCCCUCUCCUCCGCAUUAGCAACAGCAGCAGCAGCAGGAUCGCAAGAUGGUAGCAGCGCACACUUCUUCACAUUCCUCGGAAUCUGCCGAGUGGAUGAUUUGUCUGGAUAAGAGACCAGCAGAGCGCUCGGGGGCAGAUGUUGACAUAAUCCUGGCACGGCUGAAAAAUGUGAAGGCCUUUGAGAGAUUUCACCCCAGUUUGCUGCAGCAGAUAUGCCUGUGCGGAUUUUACGAGUGCUUAGAGAAAGGCAUCACCAUAUUUCGACAAGGAGAUAUUGGCACGUGCUGGUAUGCUGUUCUCUCAGGUUCGCUGGAUGUAAAGGUGUCCGAGACAUCAAGUUAUCAGGAUGCUGUUACUAUAUGCACACUGGGGACGGGAACGGCCUUUGGGGAGUCAAUCCUGGAUAACACUCCCCGACAUGCUACCAUCAUUACACGGGAAUUCAGUGAGCUCCUACGCAUCGAGCAGAGGGAGUUUAGGUCUCUGUGGGAGAAAUAUCAUCACUGUAUGGCUGGACUACUCGCCCCACCCUAUGGUGUCAUGGAAAGCGGUUGUAACGCAGACAGACUGCCUGACAAAGAGAACAUAAGCAACAACUCGUUUGUUGUCUCCAAACCUCUGAAUAAGAAGUCAUUCAUUCAAAGUCCAGCCAAACCCCACCCUAAAUGCUUUUCUCAGGUCCCCUCCGAGAAGAUCCUCCAUGCAGGGCAGAUUCUCCGGAACGCCAUCCUCUCCAGGGCGCCUCACAUGAUCAGAGACAGGAAGUACCAUUUGAAGACGUACAGGCGGUGUUGUGUGGGGACAGAACUGGUUGACUGGCAAUUGCAGCAGAGCUCAUGCGUCCACUCUCGCGUUCAGGCUGUAGGCAUGUGGCAGGUGCUGCUGGAAGACGGUGUUCUCAACCACGUGGACCAGGAGCUGAGCUUCCAGGACAAGUACCUUUUUUACCGCUUUCUGGACGAUGAACAGGAGGAUGCCAGUUUCCCCACUGACGACCAAAGAAGGGAGAGCCAAGAGGAGCUACAGGAUACCUUGCUGCUUCUCUCACAGAUCGGGCCUGAUGCCCAUCUGAGGAUGAUCCUGAGGAAACUUCCAUCUGAAAGGACAGCGGAUGAUUUGGAGAUCAUUUAUGAGGAGUUGCUUCAUAUUAAGGCCUUGUCACACCUCUCCACCACUGUAAAGAGAGAGCUGGCCGGAGUGCUGAUCUUUGAGUCCCAUGCAAAAGCAGGAACAGUAUUGUUCAAUCAGGGUGAGGAGGGCACAUCCUGGUACAUCAUUUUAAAGGGCUCAGUCAAUGUUGUCAUCUAUGGAAAAGGUGUUGUUUGCACUCUUCAUGAAGGAGACGACUUUGGGAAGCUGGCGCUUGUCAACGACGCCCCCCGCGCCGCCUCCAUUGUCCUGCGAGAGGACAACUGUCAUUUCCUGAGAGUCGACAAGGAGGACUUUAACAGGAUUUUGAGGGAUGUGGAAGCCAACACAGUGCGACUGAAGGAGCAUGGUCAGGACGUUCUGGUGUUAGAGAAGAGCCUCAGCAGCAGUCGAACAUCUGUCCAGGGAUCCUCUUCCUCUCAUUACAAAUACAGCGUAAUGUCUGGGACGCCGGAGAAGAUUUUGGAGCACCUCCUUGAAAUGAUGCGAUUGGAUUCUCAAUUCACAGAGUCAGACUCAGCCUUAGAUGACUUUGUGCUCAUGCACUGUGUCUUCAUACCCAACAGUCAGCUGUGUCCGGUGUUGAUGUCCCACUACCAUGCCCAGGCCUCGCAGGGAUCUGAACAGGAGAAGCUGGACUACACGCUUAAUAACAAGCGCAGGGUGAUCCGGCUGGUGAUGCACUGGGCUGCCGUACAUGGGGAUCACCUGCAGGAAGAGGAUGUCUCAGUGUUGUUUUUGGAGGAGUUUUUCAUGGCAGUAUCUAAUGAUGCCAAAGCCUUUCCAGCCCUCAGGGAUCAACUAACAGAACUGGAAAGAAUAGUAAAACGCAAUGCUGAAGAUGCCAGAUCCUCACAGAAAAAGCACAAAGUCCUGCUGCGGCAUUUCAGUGUGGGAGAGGAGAAGCUUCAGAAACGUCAGCCCAUCAGGAGUAACGAUGAAAUCCUGUUCAAAGUCUACUGCUGUGACCACACCUACACCACAAUCCGGGUCCCUGUAGCCGCUUCAGUCAGGGAGGUUAUCGGUGCUGUGGCUGACAAGCUGGGGUCAGCGGAGGACCUGCUCCUGGUCAGCCUCAGUUCGGCAGGAGAGAAAACCAUCUUUAAGCCCAGUGACAUGUCGGUGUUCUCCACACUCAGCAUUAAUGGACAGCUGUUUGUGUGUCGGAGGGACCAGUUGGAUUCUUUGACCCCUUUACCUGAGCAGGAGGGUCCCUCUACAGGAUCACUGGCCAGCUUUGAGUUAAUGAGCUCUAAGGACGUGGCUUACCACAUGACUUCCUAUGACUGGGAACUUUUCCACUGUGUACAUGAGCUUGAACUCAUCUAUCACACAUUUGGGAGACAAUAUGUGAAGAAAACCACUGUGAACCUGGACCUGUUCCUGAGGAGGUUCAAUGAAAUUCAGUUUUGGGUGAUCACUGAGAUGUGUUUGUGUCCUCAGCUGAGCAAGCGAGUACAGCUUCUUAAGAAGUUUAUCAAGAUUGCUGCCCACUGCAAGGAGUACAGAAAUCUGAAUGCCUUCUUUGCUAUCAUUAUGGGCCUAAGUAACCCGGCUGUUUGCAGACUGAGUCAGACCUGGGAGAAACUUCCCAGUAAAUUCAAGAAGUUUUAUGUGGAAUUUGAAAACUUGAUGGAUCCGUCCAGGAACCACAGGGCGUACCGGCUAACAGUAGCCAAACUGGAACCUCCCAUCAUUCCUUUCAUGCCCCUGUUGAUCAAAGACAUGACAUUUACUCAUGAGGGCAACAAAACAUUUAUCGACAGUUUGGUCAAUUUUGAGAAAAUGCGGAUGAUAGCUAACACAGUGAAAAUAGUGAGAUACUGUAGAAGCCAGAGAUUCAGUCCAGAGUCACCACUGCCAAGCAAGAACCACCCUGACGUUUGGACUUAUAUUCGUCAGCUUAACGUGAUCGAUAACCAAAGGAUGCUUACUCAGCUCUCUCAUGGACUUGAGCCCCGCAGGUCUUGAAAUCCACUCAGGGACAGAAACAUUACACGAAGACGCUACUCCAUGACGUGAUGUGCGCUCGCUUGGGAUGAGUUUACUUAGUACAGGAUUGAGGACCUGAUGUUGUAUCAGAUAAUGAGAUAUUGUUUCAGAAGCCUGCCUUGUUAAGCCUUUUCUUACAGUAAUUAGUGAUAUUUUAGCAGUAGUUGUUGGCGGGUGAUGUACCUCCUCGUAUCAUUGUCGUACAGAUAUCACAACAAACAGCAUGAAGAAAUGAAUGAUGUUUGGAGGGAUCUCAUUCAUCAAACUGUGUAAGAUUUUAGAUGUAAACGCUAUAUGAUGCUGACGCUUACAGGUCUCAGUAUUCCUGCUAUUCAGCUGUUUCGUAUAUUUUGUAUCAGACAAUAUUUAUAUAUAUUUAAGUUUUUAAGACUUUUGUGUUGUAAAUUGUAUACAGAUAUUUAUUUUGACAAGCAUGCAGAGGAUUAUGAUUGUUUUACUUUUUAUUCAUGUGAGCACAUUUCUCUUUAAAGCCUGAGAUAUCAUAAGUGUCUGAAAACCUUUUUGUGCGCUCUAAAUAAUAAAAAACCUUUAGAUGUA